AUGGCUCUGGCUCGAACUGGAGAGGCUGAGCAAGUUCAAGACAAGCAGCCGUUCGAAUACAGCCCAGUUGGCAUACAUGAUAUACGCUUGCUUGAACUUCUUCCCUCCCUAGACUUCGAUUCUAAGAUCUAUUGCAAAAUUUCUCACUCAUCGCUGGAAAAUCACCCUCCAUACGAAGCGUUAUCAUACGUCUGGGGCGAUUCGAAUUAUACCACGAACGUCCAAGCAGGUGGAAGACCACAUCAGGUGACGACAAAUUUGGAGCUGGCUUUGAGGUACUUGCGACUUUACGAGAACUCAAGGCUCUUAUGGGUAGAUGCCAUCUGUAUUAAUCAGCAUGACAUUCUUGAGAAAAACGAUCAAGUGGCCCAGAUGCGUCGGAUUUAUCUUAGUGCUGAGAAAGUGGUCGUUUGGUUAGGUGAAGAAAAGAAUGCUGGCAUGGCGCUGAAAUUCUGCAGCCUGAUCCAGAAUGGGAGUUCUGUCAUGAGGUUCCAAAAAGAGGUUGAAAGCAAUGGACUGACUAUCGAGGAGGUGUGGUCAAGUUGCACUUCGCUCUUUGGCCGUUCUUGGUGGACCAGAACUUGGGUCCUCCAGGAAGUGAUCCAUACUCGGCCAGCGACGGUCUACAUUGGGAAUAUUCAACUCGACCUCGAUGAUCUGUGUGCAAAAUACAGCGAUUAUCAAAAUCACAAGCAUAUGCAUAGCUCGACAGAAAGAGACAACAAAGUAAAGUUUGAUAUCUAUUCGGGUAUCCUUCGGAUUGAAGCCAUGAUCGACACUGUUGGGAUCAUCGGAUGGCGAAGAGAGCAGCUGAUGACUUCCGAAGAACACAAUGAUCCCAUCAUCGGUAUGAUGUCUGCACUGCACAUGUCCCGAUUUCAGCAAUGCCAGGAUCCGAGAGACAAAAUUUAUGGUCUUUGCGGGCUCAUUAGUGACGUGAAUCUGACGAUUGAUUACAGUCUUUCAAAGUCUGAACUGUAUAGUGCAACGAUGAAGGAAAUGCUCUUCAGAUACCCAGAGUCCUUACUCUUAGUGGAAUCUCCUGAACGUGAAAUUGGCUCGGAAAAGCUUCCCUCGUGGGUUGCUGAUUGGUCCACUUCACGAAGUUUGGUCCCAGCGAUCAUGUCCUUUUGGGCUAAUGACGCAUUUUGUUGCAGCGGUGGCUCUGAACGAGAUAUAAAUAAUUAUUCUUUGAAGCCUAGGUUUCAGAUUGCGAACAGCACUCUCGUCAUGCGAGCGAUUCAGGUUGGAACUAUCACCAGGACAAGUUUUGUUAAAAUCAAUUUUGGUAUUGGGGAAGAAUACCAGGAUACAAUGAAAGUGUUUGCAUAUGAUAAAAAUCAAGGCGACACACAGAGUAUAUCUGAUCAGAACCCAUUGCAUAAGCCCGUGUCAUCAACUAUGACAAUGAGCAAUUCAAGCUGGGGACCGCACUGGGCUGAUAAGGGGGACAUCAUCGUCGUAUCAAAUUUAUGCUGGGCGCCUCUUGUUUUAAGAAGAGGAAAUGACUCUUAUCUGUUCGUCGGCGGCUGUUGGCUUGUUGACUCAGAGCUUCAAGGAAGUCAGUCGCGUGAGAUGAGCGACGUAGAAGCUCUAGGCAAAGAUCCUGGAUUCUCUCCCAUCAUGCAUGGCAGUGCUUGGGACGAAGAUAGAUUGCAAGAGUUUCACAUCAGAUGA